AUGGUUGUGACUGAAGAUAGAGAAGAUCCAGACAUUACCCCUCUAAUGCGGUGUCGCAAGGAGAAUGCGCCGCAAGGGUCAGCAAGUGACCUAUCAUUUUUGCAACGCAUAGUAGAGGAGAAGGGGAGAAGAAAAAGAGAAGAAGUAGAGAAGCAAGAAAAGAUGUUACGAGCACGCCAAAUCAUCGCAUCAGGCGAUUUGGCAAGAAAACUUCACGAUGAGGAGGUGCACCAUAACAAUGCAAUAUUGACAGAAGAAGAAAGAAGAAAGCUCGAGGAUGAGCAACGCAUAUUGCUUGCCUCGGAGCAGUUUGAAAAAGAGAUGAGAGAAGAGGAAGAAGAAGAAAAGAAGAAAAAAGAGGAGAAGGAAAAAUGGCGCAAGGCCAACAUGCAGCGCAUAAGAGAAACGAAAAGAAAAGAAGUUGCAGAAUGGAAAAGGGAAAAAGAAGAGAAGUGCAAGGAACGGGAACGCAAACAAAGACAACAGUCCCGCCUUGCAUUGGCUCAAGAUAAGGGCAAACCAAAAGUUGGAAGCAGCGAGCUUGCACCAGCCAGGAGGCGCCUAUUAACAAAGAAAGAGAAUGAUGAUAUGAUGAUGGAGAUGGUGAGGGCCUUUUAUCAUGGCCGGCUCCAUGACACCAAAGAUGCGGUGAUCAUGAAAGGGUGGACAGUGCCAUUUAGCGCAAGGGACAUCAACGAACUGUAUAAGAUGAAGGACAUCCUAGAUGCACCGGGUAACAAAAUAAUUGAUGAUCCCGAAGAAGCACACAUGGAAGAUACGCUGAGAGUAUUAAUACAAUCGGGCACUCAGUGGUCGGUAUCUUUGAAAGUCAUUAAGACCCUUGCGUCCAAUAAGCUGCUUCCAGAGGCACGUCUCUGGGUUUACUUGGUAAAACAGCGACUCAUCCCAACAUCGCAUAAUAAAACAGUUUCAUGCAGCUGCUUGCUUAUUCAUCCACAGCACCAUUCCAAAUUCAAACUUCCAGAUUUCAUAACUUUACUUCUACCACUCGUUUAA